AUGGCACCGGCAUUGAGUUUAAGCGACAGUGAGGAUGCCUACAAUAAUGUAUAUGCAGAUGAACCAGAUCACAAAAGCUCGUGGACCCACGAGUUAGUUGCUGGUGCUGCUGGUUUUGCUGCCAUGAAAGCAUAUGAAGAUCACUGUCGUGACACAGGUGAGACAGUGUCUCAUGGCAAGAUGAAAGAGCUAUUGGCUGGUUUCGCGGCUGCCGAGGCGGACAACUUAGUCGAAACACAAGGUCUCGACUUUCUCGACCGUGAGAAGCUGAAGAUUCAGGCCAUCCAUCAAGCACACGCGUUGGCGAAGGAGAAGUAUGGAGAAGGCCAAGUGGGACCCGGUAGUGAGCAAUGA